CUUUUCUGUUCCUCCAGGCGCCCGCGACGGAUUCCUAGAUUGCACAAAGGAGCUCCAACGGGCCAAGAUGUGCCCAAUACAGAGCUCAAGAGGGCGCCAAGAGGGCCCCAGUGAGGGGCUCAAGACAGCCCAAGAGGGCCCACGGACGGUCAGUAGCCAUUUUGGCUCAAGGUGGCGCCACGCUUCGUCUGCUGCGUCUGAAAGCCAACGGUGCGCGAGCGCGAGGCCACAACGACCGAGCUUGAACACUCUCCACGCCCACCCAUGAGCAGCAGGAACAAGAUCCAGGGCGGCAAGGCCGCCGACGCCAGAGCCGCGAUCUCGGAGCCGUUCGCCGACGUCGUGCGCUCGGUCGUGCGCGGGGAGCUGGAGGACUGCCUCGGCGGGCCCCUGCGAGAGCUGCUGCGGACGGAGCUUGCUGCGGCCCUGCAAGGCUCGGCGCCGUCCGGCACGGCGGGGGGCCCUCCCGCCGGCGGCGGCGGCGGCGACUCCACGGCGCCGCCUGCCCGGGGAGGGGCAGAGCUCCCCACGGGCUCGCCUGCCACGGCGGACUGCCGGGUGCCAAGCCGAUGUGGUGCCGAGGCAGUGGUGCAGACAACAGACUCGGACGGGGACGGUCAGCAGUCCCCUCAGGCUCGGGGCGCGGAGCGCGAGGAGAGCCACGGAGCCCUCAUGCUCUCGUCCCUGAAGAGGCCCCCUGCCAGGCCCAGCCUCAACAGCAGCAACAGCAGUCUCGGGACCGACGUCGACGCCAACCUGAGCGAGCUGCGGAGAAAGAUCAUCUCCAAGGCGAGGGCGCUGCUUGAGAGGCUGCGCCGCCGCGCGUGGUGGCUGGACGAGGAGCCGCAGCGCUCGGGGCGGCUCGCCCAGUUCGUGGAUGGCCCGGGCUUCGAGCUGCUGAUGGGCGCCGUGAUAGUCCUCAACCUCUGGUUAAUGGGCCACGACGCCAACGUCAAGAUCAGAGACCCGGCCGAUCGCAGCAUGCUGGCCGCCGACGUGGUGUUCGUGGUAAUCUACUGCUCCGAGGUGGCGCUCAAGCUCGCCGUGCACAGGGUCUGGUACUUCACGGGAGCCCACUACAAGAUGAAUGCGCUCGACGUGUUUGUGAUCGUCUCGGAGUGCGCCGCUCUGGUGUUGGGCGCGGCGCUUCGGCUGAGCUUCAUGAAAGUAUUCCGCUUUCUGAAACUCGCAAAGGUUAUCAAGGCAUUCCGGCUCAUGGACAAGUUGAGAUACCUACAUGCUUUCAUGACGUGCAUCCAGGGUUCAUUCACGAGUUUCAUGUGGAGUGUGGUCAUGCUUUUCUCAGUAUACUGGGUAUUCGCGCUUUUAUUCAUGCAGGUGAUCACCACUCACAUCGACAUAACAGGAGAAGCUCUAGAUGAUACCGCAUUUGGCGAGCUAUUCGGUUCGGUCGACCGUUCCGUCAAAACGCUUUUCAUGGUAACCACGGGUGGCGAUGACUGGAUUUCCACGUACGAAGUGAUUGAGGAAACAGGUCCGAUUGGAAGUUUCGUAUUCUUAGCAUUCAUUGCGUUCGUGAACUUGAAUCUGCUCAAUAUUAUAUUGGGUAUAUUUGUAGAUUCGGCGAUGAAGGUUCUCUCACCAGAUUCAUACACGCUUGCCCGCGAAUACGUUCGCCGGGAGCGUAAGCACACCGCGGAGCUCCACAGCCUCUGCAAGGCUGUGGACACCGACCGCUCAGGGAAAUUGACACAAGAGCAGUUCAUGUUGGGGUUGACUAAGAAGCGUCUCCCAAAGUUGCUCAUCAUGAUGGGGCUGCAGGAGCACCACAUCCUGGAAUUUUUCCAAUCGUUGGCCAAGCGCGACGGCGGGCAGGUUGAUAUCACAGAAUUUGUUGAAGGGUGCAUGUUGCUCAAGGGGACCAGCACCAAUUUUGAUUUGCACAAGCUGCGCGCGGAAACCCAAGUCGCUCAUAACAAGAUCAUCCAUCUGUUACAGGGAAAUUGACACAAGAGCAGUUCAUGUUGGGGUUGGCUAAGAAGCGUCUCCCAAAGUUGCUCAUCAUGAUGGGGCUGCAGGAGCACCACAUCCUGGAAUUUUUCCAAUCGUUGGCCAAGCGCGACGGCGGGCAGGUUGAUAUCACAGAAUUUGUUGAAGGGUGCAUGUUGCUCAAGGGGACCAGCACCAAUUUUGAUUUGCACAAGCUGCGCGCGGAAACCCAAGUCGCUCAUAACAAGAUCAUCCAUCUGUUACAGGACAUCUCUGUGCCAGGCAGGCGCGCCGCCAUCGCCGCAGCAGAGGCCCCGGGGUCGCCAUCGUCGCCAUCCCCCUGGCCGCCUCCUCCCCGCCGCCCCCAGGGCGCCGCUUAGCCUCUGCCCACGCAGGCACUCUCGCCGAUGAGCUCGAGGAGCUCCGCUAGACCCCAGGCCCGAGGCCUCGUCCACCUCCACCCCCCGCGACAAACGGGUGGUUAUAUGUGUAUAUAUAUAUAGGAGGAGGAGAAGGACUUCGGCAUUGGGGGGGACACGCGACUUCUGGAGGUCUCUUGCCAUCGAGGCACGGCCACCGACGUUGAGCCGGCCCUGGAGAGGGCCCACGUAUCGUCAAACAUCACGACGUCGGAGGUCCGGAUUUUUUCUUCGCGCGAGUCUGAUGCUGUAGAGGCGCGGACCAACCCGCAUGCCAUAACGAGGGCAUGUGCGCCAAUUUUUGCCAGCGUGCGCCUCAACCAGUAGGUCCUGACCUUCUCGAUUUGCUCCGCAAUCGGCAUGGUCGCUUAGGGUGCUGUCGGCGGCUUCUAGAGGGCAUCGCGACCGUAUUUUGUGUGCCUUGCCCGUGCACGUUGCCUGUCUGGAUGGAGAAAGGACGCGCAACAAGCC